GGCCACAGGCGCGGGUCCGCUUCGGCUUCUCUCUCUCUCUCUCUCUCUCUCCUCGAAAACCCCAACACACACAACGCGAACCCCACUCCGCGAUGGCGUCCGCCGGCGAUCGCCGCGGCGGCGGGGGGCCUCCCGGCUCCGGCGACGACUCCGGGGGUGGUUGGGAGACUGUUGAGAAGAGGGUAAAGAAACCAGCGCAACAAGUUGGGAAGGGGCAAUGGGGACAAUGGAAUUCUCCAAAUGCUGCACCUGCACCUACUGCACCACGGAGUGGCUCUGGAGCUUUUCAUCAUUCUGGAAACACUUUGGUUCGACAUUCUGAUCGUAGGCCAGCAAGAGGCACUCCUAGGCCACCACCACAAAACAGGUCUAUAGAGGCAGAACUGCAAGCACCGCACGGAGUUGUGACUGCACCUCUGGCAAAUGGUUGGCAGUGGGGAGCCAGGUCUUGCCCACCUGGUACUGAAAGCAAGGAGGGUGGUCUUCCUUUGUCUGGUUGUGAUCCUGAAACAGACAAUGCUGAAGGUUAUGACACAUCGGACGAUGAUAAUGAUGAUGAUAUGAGUGACGAUUUGAGUGAUGACUAUGAUUCUGAUGCAAGUGAGAAAAGUUUUGAGACUCGGAAAAAUCACAAGUUGUUCAAAGGUUUCUUCGAAGUCCUGGAGGCGUUAAGUGUAGAACAGUUAAAUGAACCAACUAGGCAAUGGCAUUGCCCAGCAUGCAAAAAUGGACCUGGUGCAAUUGACUGGUACAAAGGGCUACAACCUUUGAUGACUCAUGCCAAAACAAAGGGUUCUAUAAAGGUCAAGCGUCACAGAGAAUUGGCUAGUUUAUUGGAAGAAGAGCUAUCUCGCAGGGGAACUUCAGUGGUACCAUCUGGCGAACAAUUUAGGAAAUGGAAAGGAUUGCGGGAAAGCACUGAUCGUGAGAUUGUUUGGCCACCAAUGGUGGUUGUUAUGAACACUGUAUUGGAACAAGAUGAGGAUGAUAAGUGGAAAGGUAUGGGGAACCAAGAGCUAAUUGAUUAUUUCAGUGAAUAUGCUGCAAGCAAAGCACGCCAUGCCUAUGGUCCAAAUGGGCACCGUGGCAUGAGUGUGCUAAUCUUUGACAGCUCGGCUGUGGGCUAUAUGGAAGCAGAACGUUUGCAUGAUCACUUUGUUCGUCAAAGAACAGACAGGAAUACAUGGAACAGUGCUCACAAGGUUACAUUCUUACCUGGUGGGAAAAGGCAGCUGUAUGGUUUCUUAGCUACAAAAGAUGACAUGGAGACAUUCAAUAGACAUUGCCACGGAAAAUCCCGUUUGAAAUAUGAGAUGAGAUCUUAUAAUGAGAUGGUGGUUACCCAAAUGAAGCAGAUGAGCGAAGACAACCAGCAACUGAAUUACCUGAAGAACAAAAUGGUUAAGAAAGAGCAGCACUCUAAAUUAGUAGAGGAUACAUUGAGUGUUGUUACCCAGAAACUUAGGGAGACAAUGGAAGAGAAUACUAUUGUACGAAAUAAAGCCAAAGAAAAGCACUUGGAGUAUGAGAAAGAGAUGAAGUACCAGGAGGAAUUUUUCCAUGAUCAAAUCGAAAAAAUUCACAAGGCCACAGAGGAGAAAGAAAUCAAGUUUGAGAAGUUGCUGCAAGAGGAGCGAGCAAAGGCUAGACAAAGUGAUGUUGACUCUGGAAGUACUGAAGAUCGCAGGCAAAGGAAGGAAAAGAUUCAGAACUUCAUAGACUGCCAGGUGAAGGAUGUUGAGGAAUUUGAAGCCGAACGAGACAAACUGAUCAAAUUGCAUGAAGAGAAGAAGGUGAAGCUCAAGAAGGAGUACCUGGCGAAGGAAUUUGAGCUUGAGAAGGAGCUGGACACAGCCCUCACUUCCCUGAUGGAUAAACACAAGCCGGACAUCUUCAAAUCCUCCACCUCGCCUUCGACAUGAAGAACUGCGGCUUACCAUACAUUUCCUGCUCAUCUACAAUAGCUAAGACUCCCAUUUCCUAAGUACCCGUAAAACUUCUAGCGAUGCGAAAGCAUCAUUCUGUUUGGGUGGAUGCAUGCCUUUGGAAGGAAACCUGAACCAGUUCCGUAUUAUAUGGAGUACUAUCAGUUUAUGGUUGCUGAUGAACUGAUGACUGUGCGCUGCGCUUUUACAGCAAGCGUGGAAAUCGAAUAUAUAUCUAGUUUAUCUCAUCA